GUCUUCGGACACAAGCUUCGGCUCAUUUCGGAGAACCGCCCGAACGUCAAAGACGCGUCGUGUGUUGGUGGCUCUUUUCGGGGGUCAAGCAAGUCCUGAGCGAUUUUUGGUUGGCUUCGGACGUUGACAAGCGAACACAAGCUCAAUACAACCGCGACGGAACCGUCAGCUCGGCCUAGGAUGUUCCCGCCGAGGCAGAGGAGCGGUCCUGGCGGUGGAGCAUGAAGCGCUGCUCGGGGUCCCAGCCGAGCCUCCACCGAGAAGACAGACGAGGAAGACAAUGGCGGUGCGGGGAAGAGCGAAGCUGUUUGAAGUCUGCUGUUUGCUGCUUUUGACCGCCGGAAGUGGCCAUUGCCGAGGCUCCCGGCAGACUCAGCAUUUGUCCUCCUACCAGCUGACCGUCCCUCGGCCAAUCGGAGGCCGCCCGAGGAGGGACGCCGACGGUUUACCGCCCAAUCAGGCGUCGUACGUGAUCAGCGUGGCGGGCCGCGACCGCGUCGUCCAUCUGGAGAGGAACCAGCUGCUGCUUCCUGAUGACUUCACUGUCUUCACGUACGCGCAUGACGGAUCGCUGCUCACGUCUGCACCUGUUGUCAAGACGCACUGUCACUAUCGGGGCUUCGUUGAGGACAUGGAGGGCUCGUCCGUCGCCAUGAGCAUCUGCAACGGCCUCAGAGGUGUGAUGCAUCUGGACAACCACAGCUACGCCAUCGAGCCGCUAGACUCCGCCCCCGAGCAGCACCUGCUGUACCGCCUACAGGACGUGACAUCACAGCCACGAGGGUGUGGGACACGGCAUGGAGACCCCGCCCACAACAACACCAAGCACGCUCAGUUCAAACUGCAAGAGAUCCACCAGCACAGCAGGGUGAAGCGAGCCGUUCUCCAUCGGACACACUAUGUGGAACUACUGCUUGUUGUUGACAAUGAAAGGUACAACGCCAUGAACAGGAAUGAGAGCGCAGUGAGGGAGGAGAUGGUAGAUCUGGCCAGCUACAUUGACAGUAUCUACAUGCAGCUGAACAUCAGGGUGGUCCUGGUGGGUCUGGAGAUCUGGACCAUGCAGAACCUCAUCAGCACGGAGGGAGGAGCCGGCGAGGUACUGAGCCGCUUCACCCAGUGGAGAGAGAAAGUACUGCUGCCUCGCCGCCGCCAUGACUCAGCACAGCUCAUCCUGAAGAAGAGUUUUGGGGUGACCGCAGGGAUGGCGUUUGUCUCCACCGUGUGUUCCAGAAGUCACGGCGGCGGCAUCAACGCGUUCACCCACAACAACGUCGCUGCCUUCGCCUCCAUUGUGGCUCAUGAGCUGGGUCACAACCUGGGCAUGAACCACGACGACAGCCGCUCGUGCACGUGCCCCUCUGACGCCUGCAUCAUGAGCGCUGAAGCCAAGAAAGACGCCACCAUCUUCAGCAGCUGCAGCGCCGACGACUUCGAGAAGAUGAUCCUGUUGACGGGGGGGUCGUGUCUACUGAACGUCCCGCAGCCCGACGAGGCGUACAGCGCCCCCUACUGCGGGAACAGACUGGUGGACUUCGGCGAGGAGUGUGACUGUGGAUCGCAGAAGGAGUGUGAGAGCGACCCCUGCUGUGAGUUCAAGACAUGCAGACUCAAGCCAGGAGCUCAGUGUGCCGACGGAGAGUGCUGCUACAACUGUCAGUUCCGUCCAGGAGGCACCGUGUGUCGCUCCAGCACAGACGAGUGCGACCUGCCCGAGUUCUGUAACGGCUCGUCCUCGCUCUGUCAAAGUGACGUCUUCGUGCAGAACGGUCAGGCGUGCCGGAAGCAGCAGGCCUUCUGUUACAACGGCAGGUGUCGGCAUGCUGAGGACCAGUGUCGGAGCAUCUUCGGGCCCAAGGCCAAGAUGGCCCCCGAGAUCUGCUUCAGAGACGUCAACAGCAAAGGCGAUCGCUUUGGAAACUGCGGCUACCAGAACUACGGCUACAAGAAGUGCGAGAGCAGAAACGCCAUGUGCGGCAAGCUGCAGUGCUCCAACGUGCAGGGCGUGAAGGUGUUCGGCAUCGACCCCUCCAUCAUCAGCACACCCAUCGGCGGCGCCGUGUGUUCCGGCGUGGACUUCAUGCUGGGAUCAGACGUGCCGGACCCGGGCAUGGUGAACGAGGGCACCAAGUGUGGCGAGGACAAGGUGUGUCUGAACUUUGAGUGUCGCAGCGCCGACGUCCUGAACUUUGACUGCGACGUGGAGAAGAAGUGUCACGGUCACGGGGUGUGCAACAACAACAAGAACUGUCAUUGUGAGGACGGCUGGGCGCCGCCCUUCUGCCAGGUCAAAGGUUACGGGGGAAGCGUGGACAGCGGCCCCACCUGGAACGACAAAGACACCUCGCUGAGGGACGGCCUGCUGCUCUUCUUCUUCCUGCUCCUUCCCCUCGCCGUGCUGGGAGUCUUCCUUUUCCUGCGCAGGGAGCAGCUGCUGCGCCGCCUCGGCCGCAGGGCGCGCUCGCAAGCAUACCAGCCCGAUGGCGCGGCGUCUGCCAAUCCCAGUCGAGGACCGCCUCCCCGGGCUCAGCCGCCAUCUUUUGCCCGUGACAACAGCAACGACAUCCUGCGAGACGGGCGUCAUGGUCAGCUGCUGCCUCCGCACAAGGUGGUGGAGACCAGCAGCCCCGCCCCAUCAUACAGUGCGAGGCCACCGCCGCCGCCCCUGAAACCCAAACCGCCCGCCGCGUCACAGCCUCUGGUGCCUCAAAGACCCGCCCCUCUGCCGCCUGUUUAACCAUCCAGGUGGCC